UGGUUGCACACGGUUUCCUUCCAAACAGCUGUUUUUUACCUCAGUGUUUUGAACAGCCGACUGUUGUUGUAUGCACUGUCUGUGUUGACAAUCUGAGAUCUUAUUGAACAUCGAGUUGAUCGAGUCAUUGUGCUGUCUGGUGGCUGUCAGUGAGUAACCAUGGAGCCCGCCUGUCGCAAAGACAAGCCGAAGUUGAACUCUACUCCUACUCGCGGCGACAGGGCCAAGCAGAAAUCUGCCCAGCAGGAAGAGAAACAACGACAGCGGGCAGAGAUCUACGCCCUGAAUAAGGUGAUGACAGAGCUGGAGCAGCAGCAGUUUGAGGCCUUUUGUAAGCAGAUGCAGUCCCAGGGAGAGUGACUGGCGCACUGACAACCUCCCCACGGCCCCCACGGCCCCCCAGGACCAUAAACCCUAACCUCCAGCAGCCCUGUCCCACAGUUCAACUACAGUCUCAACCAGUAAAACAAUUGUAUUUCUAACAUAUCAUACAGACACGUUGAACUGUGAAUAGUGCUGAGCGAUUAGCCCGAAGUGUCUGUUAUUUUAUGGUUUUUAAACAACAAAUUGACCUACUUGGGUUCAAUUAUUUGAAUUCCAUUUCGUUCUGUUUUUUUCUGUGAGCACAAUGCGCACAUUGCACAGUUUCUCUAGAGAUAAAUCAGAUUCAGCUUGAACUGUGCGAUUUAGUAGGGAAUUGUAGUUUCCAACAGGCCAAUAUUCGACAUAGUUUAGUGCAUAAAACAUGGUAAGUAACUACAAUCACCAUAAUCCAUUGCGCAUCUACUUGUCAGGUCUUUCUUUUACACCUGCUACAGAAGAGGCAGAAGAAUACACAAUCAUGAGGGGAUAUAGAGAGCAGCUUUUACUUCCCGAGGUAUCUCUACCUGAAAAUAAAUUAUCUAAGUGAUUGAUCGUUGGUAUUCAGCGGUCAUAAAAAUAUUUUAUUAAAGUAAAGUGAAUAAAUGGUUAAUAAGUGAUAAGCAGUAAUGAGCAGUCACUACCAUCAUGGGACUUUUAUAAAUUGUUUUAUUCUGUGUUACAGCAUUCAACCCAAAUAAUCAAAACCGAAAUCCAAAACCGUGAUUAUUUUUUAAAUAAUCGAACCAAAACCGAACCGACCUCAAAAAGCACUAAUCGCUUAGCACUAACUGUGAAUGAUUUAGCCGAGGGACAUGUCCAUCUUGGUCCUGUUAUGUAGUGAUCACCAUAGAAAUAAGAAUAAUGUGGAUCACUGUUGCCUUUCCUGUCCUCAUGCGCUGAAAAUGUUGUGUUUUCUGGUAUGUGUAAUGUUGUCACUGCGCCAGUCAAAACACAGUUUUAGUGCAUGGCGUGUAAGGACAAUAACACGCAGACAGACUCAAACACUGGGGAUAUAGCCAUUGGUUAUCAGCAUGCUCCAUAUGUUGUCAUAAGUGGACAUACGUUGCAUUGUGAAUGUAACAAGGAAAGACAUCACCCAUAUUCUAUAUACAGAGAAGGCCCGUGUAAUGAAGAGGUGUCCAGUUCCAGUCCCAGAGGGCCACAUGAGAUGGCCAGGCUUUUGUACCAGGCCAGCUCCAGUAUCUGAAUUCAACUAUUCAAGUUGUCUUUAAUGUAGACCACAAUCAUUUAAACCAGGUGUAUUGCAGGGCUGGAACGAAAGCCUACACAGAUUGCGCCCCUACAGGACUAGAUAUGCCCACCCAUUGGUGUAAUCUAUUUAUAAGUAUGGAUGUUAUGGAUCUGAGGUGCUACCACUGUUUUCAGUCCAAGCCAAAGCUAGACAUCACCCUUCACCCCGUAUUGCCUAAAACACACUUUGUUGUUUUAGAGUAGCCUAUUGUUUGUGUACUACAAUGACUGUACAGCACUCUGUAUAAAACAGGCUAAUAUGUCGCUCUGAUACAGUUCAGUCCAUAUUACUGCAUCCUAGUUUUAUCUGUCCACUUCCACACUGUUAUUGUGACAAUCUUAACUAGGCUUACCACCUUUAUCGUUAUGUUGGUUAGUGUUUGAUACACUGUCAUUCUGUUUUGUUCUGUUUUUAAAGCAUGGUUUUAAUAAACCUUGUGAUUUUAAAAUGUG